CACGAGUCCUGCUGGACUGUCAGAAGGCAUGGAACACAACGAUGGAUGGCUGGGUGGUUGGUGGGGACUGCAGCAAGGCGGCGAACAUCACGUGCGAUGCCACGGGCAUGAUUACAUCCAUGCACAUCGAGUACAACAGCUUCAAUGGCCCCAUUCCCGACUCCAUUGCCAACCUUGCGAAUCUUCGUAGCUUUAUCCUGGCGUUUACCAACCUGACUGGCCCCAUCCCUGAGUCCAUCAGCAACCUCGCAAAAUUAAGUCACCUAGACCUGUUUACCAACCAGCUGACUGGAUUUCCCGAGUCCAUCACCAAACUUGCAAAGCUUAAUCACUUCGACCUGGGGAACAACAGGCUGACUGGCACCAUUCCUGAGGCCAUCACCAACCUCGCACUCCUCACCUACUUUGACAUGGGUACCAACGGGUUGACGGGCACCAUUCCUGAGGCCAUCACCAACCUCGUGAAUCUUCGUGAAUUUAAACUAUUCACCAACAGCUUGACUGGCAGCAUUUUCGAGUCCAUUGGCAACCUUACGAACCUCAAUGUCUUGGACUUUUCCCAGAACAGCAUCACUGGCCCAAUCCCACAGUCUGUCGAGAAGCUCACGGGCCUUAAUCGCUUGGGUCUGUUUGAAAACAACAUGACGGGCUCGAUUCCUGACUCCAUUUCCACACUCACAAGGCUAACUUACUUAGGUCUCACACUAAACAAGCUGACUGGAUCAAUUCCGCCACUGGGCAACCUCCUUGCAUGUGAAAGCAUCUAUCUGAAUUACAACAACUUGACAGGCCCCCUUCCUGACUUCCUUACCAAGAACUCAGCUCUUCGCGACUUAUAUUUUAAUGACAACGGGCUGACUGGCUCCAUACAAGAAACAAUCAGCAACCUUCAGAAUCUGCUCACCUUGAGUCUGCAAGGCAAUCGCUUGACGGGGUCUAUUCCAUCCACGGUUGGAGUUAUGAGCAGCCUCACAUCAUUAGCUAUUGGCAACAACAGCCUGAGUGGACCAAUCCCUGACUCCAUCUCCAGCCUCUCAAACUUGGUUCAACUGGAAGUUUGGAAAAACAACCUGACUGGCCUGAUACCAACGACAUUAAGCAACCUCCGGGUUUUAACAGUAUUACACUUUGCAUACAACAGCAUCACGGGUCCAAUCCCUGACUCCCUUGAGGACCUCACAGGCCUUAGACGCUUGGACCUGGGGUACAACAACUUGACUGGCACCAUUCCAGAGUCUAUUAGCAAAAUCGCAAAUCUUCAAGCAUUAGGUCUCACUCACAACAGCUUCACUGGCCCAAUUCCUCAAUCCAUCGGGAAGCUUACUGGCCUUAAUCUCUUGACCUUGGGCUUCAACGACUUGACGGGCUCGAUUCCUGACUCCAUUUCCACCCUGAAGAAUCUUUCUGCCUUGAGUCUUCCAAGCAAUCGCUUGACGGGAUCCAUUCCUUCCACUGUUGGAGUUAUGAGCAGCCUGAUAUCAUUAUCCGUUAGCAACAACAGUCUGAGUGGAACAAUUCCAGAUUCCAUCUCCAGGCUUACAAACUUGAUUCAACUGGGCCUUCGCAACAAUGGCCUGACCGGAUCCAUUCCAUCCACCAUUGCAAGUUUAAGCAGCCUGACAGGAUUAGUCUUGAACAACAACAGCCUGAGUGGAACAAUUCCCGACUCCCUCUCCAUGCUCUCGAACUUGAUUCGACUGGAGCUGUCUUCAAACUCACUGUCUGGCUCCAUGCCAAAUUCAUUUGCACGCCUCACCAACUUGGAGGACUUAAACAUUGCCAACAACACCCUGACAGGCAGCAUUCCACCGUCCAUUGGCAGCCUCGCCCAGCUUUCUACUUUGAAUGUGAGUGGAAGUGGCCUGACCUGCCCUGCUGACUACACUCCAUGCGUGGCGCAGCAGCAGCCUCAGAGUGCCUUUUGCCUCCAGUGCGCCUCCUUCUGUGCCACCUGCGGCAAGCCAGCACCUCCGCCCCUAUCUCCUGGGAGCACCACAGGGUCCCCAUCUCCCCCCACGGCCUCCCCAGCAGCCCCCCCUUCGCCUGCUAAGUCCACCUCCCAGUCUGGCGGCCUCACAGCAGCCGCCAUUGCUGGCGUUGCCGUGGCUUCCCUGCUGCUGCUGGUUUGA